AUGCAGCACGGUGGUUACCGGAUGUGCCCGACGCUCGCUUUCUGUCCGGCCGACACGAAACUCUCUUUUCCGGCUCCAAUCUGGCGUUUUAGUUUUCCGUUGAAGAUGUCGGCUGCCGCAAUCUGCAUACCCAAAGACGACCCGACCCAUCCGCUGGGUGACGACGCCCACUUCAUCCACGCCGAGAGCCGGACUGUCGGCGUGGCCGACGGCGUCGGAGGUUGGCGGAGGCACGGUGUCGACUCCAGAGAGUACGCCCGCCAGCUCAUGCACAACUCAUUGCUCGCUGUCCUGUCUGGCCGCGACGGCGGUCCCAAGGCUGUCCUGGAGGAGGCAUACCGGAGGACCACCGCGAGUGGCUCCUCCACCGCGUGCGUGGUGGAGCUUUCGGCUGACGGCGUUCUCCAGGCGGCCAACGUCGGGGACAGCGGUUUCUUGGUGGUGAGGGGCGGCCGGGUGGUGUACCGGUCGCCAGUCGGCCGGCGGUCUUUCAACUGCCCGUACCAGCUGGGGAUUACAAAAGACGGACCGGAAGUGGCGGAGGAGAUAGAGGUGAGGGGAGUCGAGAGGGGUGAUGUGGUGGUGGUGGCGACCGACGGGCUUUUCGAUAACGUGCACGCGCGGGAGAUUGCAGAUGUCGUGGGCUUGGGUGAUGAUGACCUGGCCGAGAAGUGUUGCUAUUUGGCAAACAUGGCGUUGUACAACUCGUUCGAUAGGUACAGCGGUGAGACGCCAUUCGCGGAGGAGGCUCGGAGGGCGGGGAAGGAGAAGAGAGGGGGGAAAGUGGAUGACAUCACGGUGGUGAUUGCUAGGGUUCAUUGA